UUUCUGGUAUAUAUGCCGAAAUGAGUGCUGGAAAAGGCUAAGAAGCCAUGGAAGCCACCUUAUGUCCACUCAACUCUCUCCGCGUAAUUAACUCCACCAAUAAAUUCUACUACGAAACCCCACCAAGAGUCCAUCACAAGCUCUCUCUUUUUCCUUCAUUUUCCUCGGCUUUCCCUUCCCUCAAAUUUCCCGGAAAUUUAUUGCAUAAAAAUGGCGGCUUUUCUGCUUUCUGCUCAACCUCCUCCCAUCACACUCGAAACCCAUCUCAGGAACUCGCUCUUCUUCUUGAAGUUGAUGGGAUCCUUGUGGACGCAUAUCGCUUAGGCAAUCGACAAGCCUUCAAUGUUGCAUUUAAAAAGCUUGGGCUUGACUGUGCGAAUUGGUCUGUGCCUGUCUAUUCGGACCUUUUAAGGAGGAGCUCUGGUGAUGAGGAAAGAAUGCUGGUUCUAUUCUUUAAUCGAAUAGGUUGGCCUACUUCUUUGCCCACAAAUGAGAAGGAAACAUUUGUGAAGCGUCUGUUGCGGGAAAAGAAAAAGGCGUUCAAUGAAUUUCUGGUGUCAAAGGAAGUACCUUUACGACCUGGAGUUGAAGAAUUUAUUGAUGAUGCAUGCAAUGAAGGACUUCCUGUUGUUAUCAUAGCAGCCUAUAGUAAAAGUGGUGAUAAAAUUGCCGGAUCUGUUGUUGAGAAGCUUGGCCAUGACAGAAUUUCAAAAAUAAAAAUUGUUGGGAAUGAGGAAGUAGAACAGAGUAUAUAUGGACAAGUAGUACUCAGAAUGCCUUCUGAUAUGGAUGAGCAAUUGGCCACUGAAGCAAGAAAAGCAGUUUCUGCUCAGAAACAAAAGAUAGCAAAUGAGGUUGCAUCCAUGCUCAAGUUGAGUGUUGAUAUCGAUACCACCUCACCUGAAAGCUUAGAUAAAAUUGUAGCUGCAUUGCGUGCGGGGGCAGAAUAUGCAGGAAAACCAGUCCAGAAUUGUGUCCUUAUUGCAGGAAGUCAAUCUGGAGUGGCUGGAGCUCUACGAAUUGGCAUGCCUUGUGUUGUAUUGCGGAGCAGUUUGAUAUCUAGAGCUGAAUUCCCGUCAGCAAAUGCUAUAAUGGAUGGGUUUGGAGGUGCAGACUUGACCAUCCCUAGGCUACUUAACAAGCAAUGGUCAUGAGAUCGCCUGAUUCAAGUAAUUUUUCUGUGAAUCUAUGAUAUGAUCUACAUUUGUUUCCCAUUCAUCCUUUCCUUAAUUAGAAGUAUCGAGGCUGAAAACAUGUCAUAUGGCCUUUGAGUGUUCAAUAGCUGCAAACAAGCCAUAACUCCAUUCUCUAGUCAGGCUUAGGUAGAAAUGAGUGUAAACAGUUUUAAAAGUGGCUGGCUUGUAGCUUGGUUUGUGGUAGACUUGAUAAUUAGUAGCUCUUUCUACAA